UACCUGAAUUGGUGAAGUUUGUCUUAACUGGUGAUAAAUCAGCUGAGAUUGCCCUGAGAGGAGACCGUUUUGCCUGGGAUGGUACCUGUUGGAGAAUGCCUGGGAUGCCCAGCCCUAUGCUGACGUGUAAUGAGAGGGACUCUGGAAGGAGCCACCAUCCUGAUCCUGGGAACACACAGUGGUGGAAGCGGCGCAGCCAGUUUUUGUCCAGGGGUAACUAGCCAAGAGUGUGUGGUGGCUUCAGUAUAAAGCAGUUCUUGAGUCUGUGCUGGGAUUUGUGGAGGUUGUUCCUUUGCCAUAAGAAAGAUGCAUCAUUAUUAGAUGCCAGACCAGCUGUCAUCUGUGCUACGCUGCAACCAAAAUGGCUAAGUACAGGCUUGUUCUCUUAAGACAUGGGGAAGGAGCCUGGAACAAGGAGAAUCGCUUCUGCAGCUGGGUGGACCAGAAGCUGAGCAGUGAUGGGAUAAAGGAAGCUCAGAACUGUGGCAAACACCUUAAAGCUCUGGGCUUUGAGUUUGACCUGGUCUUCACCUCCGUACUCAGCCGCUCCAUCCAGACUGCGUGGCUUAUCCUGGAAGAGAUGGGCCAAGAGUGGGUCCCCAUUCAGAGCUCCUGGCGACUGAAUGAACGUCACUAUGGGGCGCUGAUUGGUCUCAACAGAGCAGAAAUGGCUCUGAAUCAUGGGGAGGAGCAAGUGAAAAUAUGGAGGAGAAGCUACGACGUUACCCCACCUCCCAUAACUGAAUCUCAUCCUUACUAUGAAGAGAUAUACAACGAUCGCCGGUAUAAAUGCAGUGACGUCUCUCAGGAUAAUCUCCCAAAAGCUGAAAGUCUAAAAGAUGUGCUUGAUAGACUUCUUCCCUAUUGGAAUGAAAAGAUAGUGCCAGAACUGAAAAGUGGCAAAAUGAUCCUUAUCUCUGCUCACGGGAACAGCAGCAGGGCGUUGCUGAAGCACGUGGAAGGCAUCUCUGAUGAGGACAUCAUCAAUGUUACUCUCCCCACUGGUGUGCCCAUACUUCUUGAACUUGAUGAGAACCUGCACCCUCUGGGCCCACACCAGUUUCUGGGUGAUCAAGAAGCUAUCCAAGCUGCCAUUAAAAAAGUGGAAGAUCAAGGGAAAGUCAAAUCUGCUGAGAAGUAAAAUCCCACUGACACAGCUGUUUUCAAAGUGUGGCAAUAAGUGAUGAUUUAUGUAUGACUGCUAGGUUGCACUGUGUGAAAGUCUCAAUUUCAAGCACCAAAUGAUUGGAAGGGACAGUUAUUGAGUCUCAAGUUGGUAGAUUUACCCUCUGCCUUUCAAAAACUGGAAUUUAGAUUUCAGCAUGAGGUUAUGGAUAUGGAUGAAAAACGAAAUCAAGAGAUCAUUCAGGUAAUGGAAACUUGCAGGGCAGUCUGCCCCAGAUCUAGCAUUGAGAGUGGCCCAGUACAGAAAUCAAGGGAUAUGUUGUUGCUAUCUACCAAUAAUCAGUCCUAAUCUGUUAAGGGGAAAAGCACCAGCUUACUGGACUAAUUAAGUCCAGGUUGUUAUAGGCACUAAAACUUUCUCAUUGAUAAAAUGGCACCAGGUAACAGAGUUAUCCAGUAUGACUCCUCUGUGUCAAUGGCUGUGACAGUUUGUUCUGGAUGGAGUUCCUUUUGUUUUUUCAGAACACUGUCAGCUGUACAGCUCUGUCAUUUUGAGUCUUCCAAGGCCAGUUCAUGGUCUGGAGUAAAACUUAGUAGAGAUGUUCAGACUGUUACCGUAGUUGUCUUUUUAUUACACAAUAUUCCAUUUUUUAAGUAACCUAGAAGGAAUCCCUUUUCCUCCACCAUCUUUGCAAAGCCUAGCAUGACCACAUUUUGCUGGCUUGCAGUAGUAGGACUUAGUUCGUGGACUAAAUUCUGAGUUAAGCACAAAGUUUUCCUGCUCAGUGUUUUAAUUAUCACUUAGCUCUUAGUGAGUGAUCUGAAUAGCUUUCAAACACUUAAGUAACAUGUACAUGAGGUUUGAUCAUCUUGUAGUUGAGUUAUUAGAAUAAUUCCUGUUUACCUCAGUAAAAUUGGAUAUAGGAAAAUUUCCCCUCUGAGUUGCAAAGAUCUCUUGAUAAAUAUUUCCAAAUAAAUAUUACUGUGGUUUUCUCUGGGGGGCUGGGAGAGAUGCGUAAGGCACGUAGUAAGUGUACUGGGUGCAACUCAUUCAGCCAUCCUGCUGGUAGGGAAGGAUGUCCUGCCAUGCCUAAAAGUGUUUUCCUAUAAAACUCUCCUCACAAUCAUAGCCUGAUUCCUGCUGAGUGUGGCCUUGCUGUUGUGUUUGGCACUAAAUUCAAACAGUUCACACUGUGGUUGUGUGUAGUGUGGCACGUAUGGCAACUUGGUGUUCUCUUUAUGUACACAAGCAUGGAGAUAAUUCCACUUUUGAAGACUUGCUCUAAUCUUACUUGCAAAUAUGAAAUUUUUCCUUAAAUUUAGAUCUGACCCAGUGUCUUCAACACCUGAACAUCUGGAUUUUGACCUCUGCUACCAACAUGGGUGGCACUUGUGUGUGUACUGUUUGAGCUGAAUGCUUUCUCAGCAUGGCCCAGCUACAAAUUGCAGGAGAAGUUGGUAAGAAUUCCCUCAGUAUGAUGAUAGUAUAAACUUAAAAUCCUAGAGUAGCUGCUGCUUUGCAGUGAGCAGCUCUGUAGCUCAUUUCUGAAGUGUGAGAGGAUGUUUUUUACCUUUGAGGAGAGCAGUGUGGUGUGCCUUGGACAGUCUCCCUGCUGAUAGGGAUGUAGACUUUCCAAGAUCCAAUGCUGGCUCCUGUUAGUGUAGUGUGUACUCCAUAAAAGACCUCUUGCUAGGUGGUAGUUUCUCUUGCAUGAAUGAUGCUUGGGCUUCUUUUUGAUUUUGUUUUUGUUGCCCUUGCAGUAGGAACAAAGUUCCAUGUUUCUCUUUUAAACAUAAAGCUGGUAGGUUUCCUCUUGUUUUGUACAAGCAAGGGUAUUUGAGUGUUUUUCCCCUGAAACACUAUUAGUGGCUUCCCUGCUGCUCUGUUUGACACUGACUUAUUCCUUUGUGGGUUUUUAGUUUUCUGUACAUAGAGUAACCCUGAAUUUUAGUUGAUACUUCCCAGGUCAGUGUUCUGGAGUUAAAUUGUUGAUCAGCAAAUGUUCACCUGCCAAUGCCCUGAGGAGGGCCACUGGCACUCAAAUGAUUAGAUUCUUCUCCAAACAUUCAAUAAUGUGUGAAGUUCAGUAACAAGAAAAAAAAAUUACUCUUGCUUAUUAAGAAGUCAAGCAAAGCCACCUGUUGUCAGUGGGGACUUCAUGCAUCCAGGUGUGUGGGCUUCCAGGCCUUGGCUAUCAGUGUCCAUGUCCCUUUGACAUUGUGGUAUUGUAAGGUAGAACUUCUUCAGGACUUGAGAUGUAGCUGAAAUGUACUUGGAAACUAAUCUGGCCGAACUGGGUGAUAUGCUUUCUCCUCCCCUUUUCUUAGAGAAUUUGUGAUCUCUUUUUGGGAAUGGAGUGGCGAAUGGAAGGGCAGAUGAGUGAAGAUAGAGAGCAUCAGUAUUUCUUCUUGUGGGUGAAUGGCUGAAUCUGGCCUUUCAAAGAGUCAUGGACAGUAAGAAAAGAGCAGCAGUAUGAUGUUUUCAGGUGGCACUGUUUCUGCAGUGCUGCUUAAGAUGUGAAUAGUGACAGGUCCCUGGGAAGUUUGACUUCAUUGGCUUUGGUUGUGACUCCAAAGUGAUGAGAGGAUUUUAUGUGAACAUCUGGCAGCAAUACCACCUUGUGAAAGUGUCAAAUGGAACCAACUGGGGAUUUCCUUGUGCUUUUUAACAUUAUUUUAACACCUUGCAAUGCUUGCUUCUGAAUAGCCUUCUAAUUAAAUUCCUGAUUCAUAAAAUGUGUAUAUUAAAGGGAAACCAGCUUCCGUCAACAGUGGCAUAAGGAUGCCUGAUCUUUAGGCAUAGCUACAUUAGAAGGAAGAAAUGAGAAACUUGCUGGUGGCUUUAAAAAUCAUUGGUUGGAAAACACUUUCACCAUGUUUAAGUGUGCCUCAAAGUCCUAUAAGAUAACCAGUGUUUCUACAGUUGACAUUAUGGAUGUGGUUGAUUUGGUUUGGUUUUAUGCAUUUUUUAACUUGUGGCCCGGUAGCAAUAAUAAUUCUAGAAUCUGUUUGAAAACCUUUGUAAAUAUGGUGGAGCUGGCAGGUUCUUUAUAACUCAAUAAAUUCACCUGAAAUAAAUUUUAA